AUGAGUCCUCCUGUUAUCAACUUCCCCAGCUUGCAGCCGGCAAUCGUAUGGAAGGUCCAUGCUGGAGCUGUUCACCCCGUUGGUCAACAUCACAGUGGAUCAACUAUGAUACAUUUUGAAACCCCUACGGGCAUUAUUGAGACAGUUGAGGGAUUUGAGCCGAAGUUUACAGCCAAGGUUGUGUUUGGGGCUGACUGGCUCGAGUUUGAUCCUGAUCAGAAACACGCACGGAUCAACAUGAAGGCCAUUGCGACAACCGAGGAGGGAAAGGAUGUCAGUUUUGGAUACACUGGGGUUAUAGAUCUCAACGAGCCCGUGAUGAAAAUCUUCAACCAGACGCCAGACUCCGUGGGCGUGCCAUUUGGAUUUAGCACCGGGGCACACGUAUUCUUUAGCGGUGAUCCCAGUCUUAAGGAGCUAGAAAAUAUGACACUGGUUGGCAACGGCCGAAUGCUGGUCGAUGAGGAGACGCGCCUGAUAACAGUGGAGUCUCGGAUCUCGAAGGUAGUUGCUGCAACCGGAUUUGAUUAG